AUGCGGAACGCUUUGAAAGUAGUUGGUAUCCUUACCAUUUUUUUAACAUGGAGAUUAAGUGACUCUGUCACCUAUAAACUUACAAAUGUAAAUUGCGAAAGUCACAAUAAAUCCUGGGUCACAAUUAAUGAGUGCCGCUUAAAGGCGAUCAAUAGGAAUAAAACCGUUUUUAAUUUUAAUGCAACUUUUCAUCACCCAACUAACGAUAUUUUAAUGGACUAUCAAUUUUUAAAGAGGGAAAACGGAUAUAAACCAUGGUUGUAUAGAAAAAAGAUUAAUGGUUGCCGUUUUUUAAAAAGACCCUAUGAUGCCUUGUCCAUAUUGAUAUACCGUACAUAUAAGGAUGUUUCAAACAUAAAUCACACUUGCCCACUUUAUGGGGAUAUUUUGAUAAGAGGAAUGCAUCUCACAACUGAACUAAAUUCCCUUCCGUAUCCCACCGGCGAUUAUAUGCUGCAAGUAAAUUGGUUGUUCUAUCGGAAAAUUCAGUUCGUAACUAAUGUUAGCUACCAAUUUGUUGAAAAUUUAUUGUAA